GUAUCUUUUUUAGUCCACAAUAAUACAUAUAAACUCCAUCAUUAUUAAACCCUGCGAAAUUGUAACUUGCAAGUAAGAGAGAGGGUCAACUGAAUUUCCAAAAGGACAUGCUUCUUGUGAUUUCUGUCCCAACACAAACCCCAUAAGAUCUUCCCCAAAUCUCAAUCUUUCACUUACAGCCUCACUCGCUAGUCCUUUCAAUAAUUGUACAAGAGAAAAGAACCAUCCACUCUUUGGCAUCUAAUCUGUCAUUUUUUUUUUCAUUUAAAAUUAUUAUUAUUAUUAUUAUAUGGAGAUCUUUACUACUUAGAAACUACCUCUUUCUUUCUUCUCCUUUCACCAUUUUUUAGAUAUAAAGCUUCACUUUUUUUUCUCUUCAUUCAUCACACUCUCUUGGUCUUGAUCACUUCUUUUCUUCACUAACUUUUCUCAUCAAUCUCUCUCUUAAUUCACCAUUUCAGUUCUUUCUUUUGAGUCAAUAUAAUUAAAAAUGGCUUCUUCAAGCAUUUCAUUUUGUCACAUGAAUAAUCUACAACAACAAAGAAAGCCUUUUUCAAUCGAGCGAAGGCCUAAACUCCUCAAAGAUUUCCUCAACGACACCAAUAAUUCAUGCUCUUCAAGUGGGUUCAACUCAAUUCCAAGACACCAACCCUUCAAUCUUACACAAAUUGAUUCCAAAAACUCAGAAGUGACCACAAAAUUUCCAAGCAGAAAAACCCGUUCGAAAACAUCAUCAUCAUCAUCAACAACAAUGUCAGCCAUUCAAGCUGUGUUCAACGCGGUAAAAAACAUCCCAUUUACCACGGUAAAAUCUCCCUCAUUUUUACCCAGAAGCCUUUCUCGUAAGCUGUCAACAAAGAGAGGCCACUCCAGGUCCAAAAGGCAGGAAGUUCAAGAAGAGAAGGAAAAUCAUCAUCAAGCCGAAAUUUCAGUGAAAGUCAAAGACAUCUUACGGUGGACAUCGUUCCGUGACUUAGUUGAGGAGAUAUCUUCACCGUUGAAUUUCACUACUUCACCUCAUCAUUACACCACCACCACUAGAUCAAUUGACUCUUCUUUCAAUAGUAGUGACAAUGGGUCAAGUUGGUGCGAGAGUGAUUUUACUGAGGAGCUUUUACCGUGCUGGAGUGGUAACUCUGAGGAGAUCAAUGAAGUUAAGAUGGGUAAAAAAGACUUAUCUUGUGUCGGCAUGGAUUCUGUGGAUGCAAUUACACAUACAGCAAAUGUGGACCCGGCAGAGGAUAGAGAGAUGCUCUUCUACGAAGAAGAUGACGAACAGCACAGUCCAGUUUCAGUUUUUGAUUUUGAGUUGAGAGAAAAUGAAGAAUACUUUUCCACUACCUUUGAUCAAAGUCUUGCCAAUGUGGAGAGGAGAAGACAAACACUUGUUCAGAAUAUAAACCAAUUUGAUAAUCUCUACGAAGAAGAAUACAACAAUGGCGAAGAUGAUGAAGAAGAAGAGUAUGAAUUAUUGGUAGAAGAAAUGGCAAGAGAGUUGGUUGUUUAUGUCAAGGAGACAAUGAGUUCAUCACAUAAAUGUAUGAGUGAAGAAGACCAAGUAUUACUUGACUUUUUUAGAGAUGAAAUAAAGGCAAAAGAGAGUGAUGAUGAAUACAAUUUGGAGAUGGUGAAUUUGGCCAAAUCUUGGUUGAAUAGGGAACAAAAGGGGGUACUUGGGUGGGGGCUAGACUACAAUAAGGAGGUAUAUAUCAGGGAGAUGCAUAAAGAUGGAAAAUGGAGCAAGUUUGAGGUUGAGCAAGAGGAGUUGGCUUUGGAAAUUGAGGCAGGUCUGUUUGAGCAAUUGAUAGUUGAUGUUUUGGUUGAACAUCUAUAAAAAACAAUAGUUUAUAAGAGAGAGAAGAGUGUUAAAAACCCUUUUUGGGUUUUUGAACUUAUAUGUUAGGAGUUAAAAGUGUUUCUCAAACAAUUAAUAGAUUUUUUGGAUUGUAAAAAUAGGACAAUAAAGACUUUGAAUGGGUAUUUGCUCAUGCCCAAUUUUGUAGAGCCUCCUCUUGUUGCAGCAAGCGGCUCAUUUUGGUGGAGUGUUCAAUCCCUUAAUCUUAACCAUUGUAGUAUUCAUAGAUGGUUGAGACUGAACUGUCAAUGUAAUUGUGAUUUUCCAA